GAGAUGAAACGCCCAUCUUUUCAGAUGGUUGCAUUGAAACACAUUUCUGGCAGUUUGUCUUAUUUUUUUUUUUUUUUACUUCCUUGGGUAUCGUGUUUUUUAUUCAUGACCGUUAUUCUUGAAAAGCUGAAGAAACUCAACUUAUUCGGGAAUUAAGCGUGUGUUAAAUAAUAUAAUUGGAGUUUAGCUUCCUUUGAAAGUGGGAUUGUCGUUACUAAAAUGAUUGAGAGACCGGAUUCAGUAGUUGGAAGUAUAUCACAGAGAAAUCUGGAUGGAUAUGUUGGAUUUGCUAAUCUUCCAAACCAAGUAUACAGGAAAUCAGUUAAAAGAGGCUUUGAGUUCACCCUAAUGGUUGUGGGUGAAUCUGGCCUUGGGAAAUCAACUUUAAUAAAUUCUCUGUUCCUUACUGAUUUAUAUUCCAAGGAAUAUCCAGGUCCCUCUCAGCGGAUUAAAAAGACUGUUCAAGUUGAGCAGUCGAAGGUCCUUAUUAAAGAAGGAGGUGUUCAGCUAACUUUAACUAUUGUUGAUACUCCUGGCUUUGGAGAUGCAGUGGACAACAGCAACUGCUGGCAGCCAGUUAUAAACUAUAUUGACAGCAAGUUUGAAGAUUUUCUGAAUGCUGAGUCAAGAGUUAACAGAAGGCUCAUGCCAGAUAACCGAGUCCACUGCUGUCUUUAUUUCAUUGCCCCAUCUGGCCAUGGGCUCAAGCCACUGGAUAUUGAGUUCAUGAAAAGACUUCAUGAAAAAGUGAAUGUUGUCCCUUUGAUUGCAAAAGCAGACACUCUCACCCCAGAAGAGUGCCUUCAUUUUAAAAAACAGAUAAUGAAGGAAAUUCAGGAACACAAGAUAAAGAUUUAUGAGUUUCCUGAUGCAGAAGAGGAUGAAGACAGAAAACUCAUUAAAAAAAUUAAGGAAAGAAUGCCUCUAGCUGUAGUAGGCAGUAAUACCGUCAUAGAAGUCAAUGGAAAAAAGGUCAGAGGUCGUCAGUAUCCCUGGGGUGUUGCGGAAGUUGAAAAUGGAGAGCACUGUGACUUCACAAUUCUCCGUAACAUGUUAAUCAGGACCCAUAUGCAGGAUUUGAAGGAUGUUACAAAUAAUGUGCAUUAUGAGAAUUAUAGAAGCAAAAAAUUGGCUGCUGUCACCUGCAAUGGAGUCGAUGCAACUAAGACUAAAGGUCAACUUACUAAGAGUCCCUUAGCUCAAAUGGAAGAAGAGAGAAGGGAACAUGUUUCAAAAAUGAAGAAAAUGGAGAACGAGAUGGAACAAGUUUUUGAGAUGAAAGUCAAAGAGAAAAAGCAAAAAUUGAAGGAUUCAGAGGCAGAGCUUGAGCGCCGACAUGAGCAGAUGAAGAAAAACCUAGAAGCACAUUACAAAGAACUAGAAGAAAAACGCAGACAGUUCGAAGAAGAAAAGAUGACCUGGGAAGCACAGCAACGUGUAUUGGAGCAACUGAAACUUGAUGCAUCAAAAACAAUGGAAAAGAAUAAGAAGAAGGGAAAAAUCUUCUGAAAUUUCGCCCAGGUGUCUGGAAAUAAAAAUGAAGUCUUCACAUUUUCCUUCAGUGCUUUCCUAGACAAGUAAAGAUAUAUAUUACACACACACACACACACACAUAUUAUACUCUUGCAAUUAUAAAGUACAUGUUCUUUAAAAUGCCAAGAGACUGGCUAAUCUACCUAUACAGUACUUGCAUAAAAUUGCAGCUUGUAUUCUGAGGGUAGUAACAAGGUGCCAAUACCAUAUAAUACAAAAUUUGCAGUUUGAAGGAGAAAAAAAGCCACUUAAGCAAAACUUCAACAGUUUAAAAUUUGAUAUGCGGCAUUCUAGAAAAUAAAUAAGCUCAUACUUGUUGCAUUUCCUAUUUUUAUUUUUCUGUAAAUAAUAAAGAUAGAUUUUUUUUUAGACAGGAUUAUCUUUGGUUUGCAUUACUUUUCACAAUCCUUACCUCAGUGAAACAUUGCUUAUGCUGUAAAUUUCAAAACAUUUUUAUUUAUUUUUUGAACUUUUAUUCAUCCAUUUAUUUUAAUUUUCUAAUUUUGUUUUUCUUCAGUGAAAUAUUUUUCAAAUAAAUUCUAAAUGGUUAGAUAAACUAUAAAUAACCCCUAGUGUAUUGUAGAAUUUUUAUAUAAGAAACUUUACCCAUUGCAUAUAUUUUUAUAUCAAAAUUCACGAUAUUUUCAAAACAUCAAUUUUCUGAACUUGCUAUUAUCAGUUAUUCAGUUUGGAGGAGCAAAGCCUAGAAAUCUUAGGCUGGGAGUCUAGAAUCAGACCAUUGCAGGAUACAAUCAUAAAAUAACACCAUAACUACUUGUCUAAUUAAAAAAAAAAUAGUGUUUAAGAAAACGCUAGAUUAAAUUGCAUUUUUAUAUAUUUGAUUUUCUUUAAUUUUGUGGAUAUCAUUUUUGCAUGUAUAACAUUAUUUAAUUUUUCCUCUUUUCCUGCUUAUAGUUGUGAAGAAUAUAGUCAUGUCACAUGUCCCAUGAUAUUCAGCAUUGUUACCCAAAAUCCUUCUUUUCAAAAUAGGCCAUUUGGGCAGUGAAUCUUAUAAAAGCCUAUGCCUUCAAACUAAAUAAUAAACCAUCUCCAAAUUAAUACUAGUAAAAAUAACAAUUUAGUAGUAAAUGUUCUGACAAUGUUAAGGGUAUGGCAGCUUAGCCUUUACAGUGUAUUGUUUUAGAGUGUGAAAAUGUUACUUGUUCUCUGCAUUCUGCUGCCUAUGUCAGUGCUGUGAAUAAGGAUAUUUAAGAACCAAGAGUACAUGUAGAACUGCUGAGUGUACUUAAGUGUGCAAACUGGCUCUGUAGUCUUUGUGACUUUAUAGAGCACAGUGAAAUGGCUUAUGAACGUUUCAGUAGUGGGCUAAUUGUUUAUUUUUGAGUUGCCUAUUUUUUCCAAUGACCACUUUUUAAUUUAAUAAAGUUAAAAUUAUUAUUAAAAUGCUGUAUUAAUUUGACCUGCUACUGUAUAUAUUUAUCAGUUUUGAGACACAGUAUAUAGACAUAUAUUGUGCAUUUAUUCUGGUUCUGUAAGUGAGCAAGUACAUAAGUAACAGUGAUGAGGUAAAGAUGCACAGAAUUCAGGAAGAGUAGAUGUCAGGAGUACUGAAAUGCAGUUGUGUUAAUUCAUAUUGGAUUAAAGUGUUGUAGCAAUAUUGAGAAACUUGCUUCCUAUGCAGCUAUAUGUUCUCAGUCUUCAGUAGUAUGUGAAUGCAUUCUAUACUCAUAAAAGUAGCCCUUGCCACUUGAGCCAGGCCACAAGGUAUUCUGUUCUUACUACUGUCUUCAGUGGUGCUCACUCUGAGUGAUGAAGACAUUGCAAGUUUCUCAUGAACUUUUAAUGGCAACUAAACAAUAGGUGUUUAAGACACGAACAGGCCAUUCAUCCCAGCAAAGCUCCCUGUCACAUAAUUCUCCAAAAUAACAUUAAGUCUAGUUUUGAAAGUCUCUAAACUUCUACUGUCAAACACAUUACUUGGUAAAUUAUUCCAUGUAUCUAUGGUUGUCUGUGUGUGUUUGGGGUUGGGGGUGGAACCUACCUAAUGCUUGUGCGAACAAGUAACAGACCCAAUCUAUUAUACUAAUUUUUUUGUCAAAACUUCAAUCAUGUUAUUUUAAUCUCCAUUUGCUUAAACAAGAAUGGCACAGCUCCUUUACAUAUAAUGCAUACACUGAAAUCCUGGAACCAACCUAGUGACUCUUCUCUGCACUUUUUCUUUCUUUUUUUUCCCCCCAAGCCUAUAAACCAAAACUGUACAUAGUACUUCAGUUGACACCUCACCAGUACAUUAUGAAGCUUAAGCAUAACCUCAUUUGACUUGUAAACACAUUGUGCCACAAAACCUAACAUUCUGUUAGCCUUCUUAAUGGGUUCUGAACACUGUCAGGAAGUUGAUAGUGACGAGUCCAGCACUGACCCCUCAGGGAAUCCACCCUUAACAUCACUCAAUUCUGAUAAGGAAUUGGGUGAUAUAGGAGUAUAGUUGUGUAGUAUUUCGUUUGCAAGCUACAUGGUAAUCAUUGGAUUACCUCACACAUAUAUUCUGUUAUUUCUUUCUGCCACAGUAGCUAGAUCAAACCAGAGUUCACCUAAUCAAAAUGUUGUUUUUUUUUUUUCUUCCCUCAACACAAAUGAUGAAAGGACAAAAAAAUAUUACUCUUGCAAUUUGUACUUGCUAAAAGCUCAUAGUAGAUUUCUUCACUAAUGGAAGUGAUGAUUGUUCCUAUAAAUAUAAACACAUGUUGUGCAACAAAAAAUGUCUGCCUAAAACUAAAUAAUUUUUACUGGUAAAAUAAAGAAAGCAAUAAUUAGGCGUGAGCACAAGAAAUGGGAAGAAGAGGUGGGCAGAGUGGAAUAAUGAAUGAUUACAGUUAAUGGUCAGAAGAUUUAUGAGAGGUUCAAAGAGUGUAAAUACAUGGUAUGAUAUAUCAUUAAUUAUAAUUUCCUCAGAGUGUGUCUACCUUUAUAGAUUUUGUGGAAAUAUUCCUUGGCUUUCAUGACACUUGUUUUAGAGUAUUUCUAUGUGGCACUUUAGCAAAAGUAUGCCUGUUUAUUUCAGACUCCUAGCUAUUUAGCAGAUUUAUGUGAUUUGCAAUAAUAAUGUCUUGCAUUUCCUUGAUUAAUUCUUGAUUUUCCUCUCAUUUCCAUUUGCUAAAUAUGAUCUAUAGGAUCUUGCAUUCUGACUGCAACACCUUGUGGUGUUUGCAUUCACAUUUAUUAUAUUUGGUCAUAUGAGUCAGAGGAUCUACUUCUGUAAUACAAUCAUUGGAUGACUUGAGAGUGCCAUAGAAUUUUGUAGUAUUAUAAAGAUUACUUUAACCAAAUUUAAUAAAGUGUUAUAAUAUAUGCAAAUGGUUUUAGUUGAAGACUAGGCAGAGAAACAGAAGUCAUAAUUAGACCCAUUUGUAAAAGAGAGGAUAUGCAAGUCCAAUGUUAUAUAUAAAUGCAGAGGAGAAGAGUGGCAGUGUCAUGUAGUUGGUAUAUGGGGGAGAGAGGGACUGAGAGAGAGAAGGCAGAUUUAUAUUGUGAUUUUUGUCCGGCUUCAGUUACUAUAUGUGUGCAGAUGUACAAGCACACAUUUAAGUUAACAUAUUUAAAAGACUAGAGAUAUUGUUGAAUGAUAUGUGUGAAGAGCAAUGCAAAUCAGUAAGUAUAAUAUACUUGUUUAAUGUGGAAUAACAAUGAAUGGAAAGAUAUUUAGGUGACUGAAGAAUAAACAGUAUACUCUAAAUAACUGAUACUUUCAUGGGAAUAAAAAUAUUGUGUGAAUAAAAAACCUUAGUUAUUUGAAAACGCUUUGAGUCUUAAUAUAAUUGUUAAAAUAUUUUAAGAUUAAAUAUUAUAUGUAAAUGGCCGAUAAUUUGAACUGAAUUAUGAAUUUGAAAAAAAAAAAAAAAAACUCCUCAUUUUCCCUAGAUGGAAUGAAAAACAGUUUUAAAAGAUCAAAAUAAGCAGUACACCUAAUUGUACUGUUUAUUUACUGUAUGUAUAUUUAGGAAACUGGAAUUACACAAGGCUUACUUACACAAUUUUAAGAUUGAAAGUUUGCUGUACUCACCGUCACUUGCCCUCCUUCUCUAUCAUGAAAUUUAAGCAACUUCUUAAGGCUUCAUUACAUAACAGGAAUGUCUGUAUAUUAAAUGUAGAAUCUGAUUGGUUUAACAAACUGUUAUAAUUUAGUGAGUAUAUUUAAAAAUUUACUUUUAUUUACAGUUUUAUUUUUAAAGUAGGUACUCAUAACAGUCUUAAAUAGUGAAACACCUGCAUACUGUGCUUCCCUCUUGUUGAACUAUACUGUACUUUACAGAUGAUCAUUGGAAGUAGGUUUGGCAUACUACAUAUACUGCAUAUGAAUUUGCAUUCUUUUGUGCAUUUGCCAAUUCCAAGAGGUCAUCCUGAUUUUACUCAAUCUCUCAACUGCGAACAGUAAAGUAAUUUGAGGCCUAAUGUACUAUACACUAUUUAGUGUUACAGUGUUUGGGUAAAUGUGAAACUGGCAAGAGAGAGACAAAUUUUUUUUAAGCUCUGUUUUUACAUUAGUUUUUUGAUAUUCAAAACAUCAAUCUGUUCUUUAGCGACCAUAAACAGUGGAAUAAUCAUGUUAAAAGAGGUUCAGAAUAUCUUUUGAAAGAUAUUAAAUUAUUUUUGUUUAAUGAUACUCACAACUGGAGGGUGAUAUAUUAAAUGAUUAUAGCUUUAUAUUAUAAUGAUUAUAAUAUUUUAACCGGUUGCAUAAAUAUAGUAUUCUGGAACGCAUUAUGUUAAUUUAACCUAUAUAAUUGAGUUAUAUUUAGUUUUUGAGUGUUUCCCACCUGUGUUUACAGAAACUGCAGUCUAUAUUCAAAUUGUGUUAUACACAAGACAGCCAGAUAUAACCUAUUGUUAACAGUUCAAAAGGCCCAAUUAGAGUCAUUACAAGAACAACCAUCUUAUGAUAAACACCAGAUUACAGAGAAACAAAAACAUUUACAUUAUUAGAGGCAUUACUACAUGUCUGUGUGUAUGUGUGGUUUUUUUGUGUGUUUUCAUUUGUCCAAAUGCAGGUUAUUGGAAAAUUAGAGGUCAUGUAACAUGCUCCUUUGAACCACUAUAUAAAACUUUUAGGGUGGAGAUUUCUUAGCAAACACAUGUCUGUUAAUUGUGGAACCCAUAUAAAGUUUUGCUUAUGUUUGUUGAAAUUGGUUUAGGUACCUAGAGACAAAAUAUAUUUGUUGCUAAUAUUAUUUUUCAGUUUCAUUACUGACCAAUUUCUAUCUUUCCUAAUGAAAGAGUAGCUUAUUUCAGUUCAGCCUAAGUCUUAACUUCACAUGUAGCUCAAAUCCUGGUUUGAAUUGCUUCCAUAUUGCCAGGUUUAUGCCACAAAAUCACACAUACUUGUCCAUCUCUCAGUUUUUAUUCAUGUGCUAGUAUUCUUAAACACAAAGAAAAAAUAUUCAUCAAAGAGAUCAUAAGAAGCUAUCACAUGUCACUAAUGACAACUCCAGGUAUAUGACAAAAUACUACUCUAGCUGUUCAUUAUACUAGAAAGUAUAGACUAAUAGACUAAUACAAUGGUAAGCAAUAACAGGAAAUGCAUUAAAAAUAUUCCAAAAAAUAUGAAUUUCAAAAGCAGAGAAGAGGAAACAAAAACAGUGAACACUAAACAUAACUCCAGAUUUGACUCUUUCAGACAUCUUUAGGCAAAGGUACAUUACAUUAAUCGAUUUAGUUUCUUGACCUCCAUUGUACUCUGUACAUAACUAUACAUUCUAUAUGGUUUUAUGAUCAUAUUUAAAGCUUGUGAUCACAUUAUGUUAAAGUCAAAAGAUGUCUCUUAAAGUAUCAAUCAUAUUUCCAGAAUCUGAAUUUUCUAGUACAGGAUUCUUUGGUGGUUAAAAAAAAAAAAAUGGUACAGGGUACUCCUUGAUACUCAAUCAAAGUCAAACGCUAAUAUCAAUUGUAAUUUUGAAUCUUAAAAGUGGUCAAUAAAAAAACAUCACAAUAAUAAUAGCACUAGAAAUUGCUUAGUUUAUGUUAAACACUUGAUAUACAGUGUUAUAUAACACACUGCAGACGAAUUUAGUUACUUCUUCCUAGACACAGAAGUUACUUGAACUCUGAUGACUUUGUUGCAUUUAUAUUUGAAGAGACUAGGCUACAAAUAUUGAAGUUUGUUAGAGAAUGAACAUGGUUGUGUAUUUAGCUUCAUGGUUAUGGUUGAAAUGCUGCAGAAGGAUCAUAUGUAUUUCAUUAUUUUGAUUUUACAGCAUUUGAAACUCUAAAAUUUAACAUUAAAAUGAGGUGCAUCACAAAGAGAUAUUUAUGUUAACGUAUGCAUGUGUUCUUGCUGCUUGUUGUUUGAUACCCAGAACAAACACAGUUUUUGUAGCAAAAGAUAUUCACAACUCUUUGAUGUUCAUUGGUGUAGUUGGGAAAAUUUGUUGUCUCAGGCAACCUUUGUUCCCCCUAGUGCCCAGUUCAGAAAACAGUCAAAUUACAAAAUGUUUUCAUCUCUGUUUUUGGCUAAUGCACUUUUUGAUAAGAGUUAACAAUAUGCAAAAUGUUACACAAUUAAACACCAACUGCUUUACAUAGUUUGAAGGUGCUAAUCAGAGGUUGACAUCUCACUCACACUGUUACAGUGUACCUCUUCAUUUUCCCAAUACACUGCUGUUUUUCCUACUCUCUUCCAAAUCUGAAUAUGUAUACUUUCAGUGUAAGCUCAAUGUGCACCUGUAAUGCGUACCCACUAAUACCUUUCACAUUCGAUUAUUAGGGUCAAAGAACCAAAAUCAUUUUGGUGUUUCAGCAUUCUUAAUACCAAAUACAAGGCCCAAGGAUGUUUGCCUGAGCAACUGGUCAUUUGGUAUUUGAGCUGUUAUCGUGCUGCAUUGAUAGUUCUGACUUCAUUUGACUGGUCCCUGCAUCCAGUAUGUAUAGCUGCUUUCCACCAGAAUCCUGUCUUCCAUUACCAGCACUUUGAAAUUUUUUGAUGACAUGAAACACCACUGCAGAGGUAAAUAAAAUCUUAAUGGUGCUUUUCUAGAUGCUUAUAAUGUAGAAGGAUUUUGUGAUUUCUGGGACAGAGACUAUGCUGGUUUCCCUUUGCUCAGACAAAAAAUAUGGCUCUUUUAGGAGUUUUGCCACUACUUUCCCAUUUAAGAUUUUAUUUUCACUUGUUAAUGAGUUAUCCAUUAAAGUGUUGUACUUGUCACAUUUAUUUAGGUUAAAAAUUCUUUUUAAAGACUUUCAUAUUUGUAAUGAUGUCAGAUUCUGCCAAAUUUAAAUGGUGUGUAAAAUUUCUUAAAAAGGUUUUUCAUAUGCAUUAUAAAAUUGGGCUUUAAGUCUAAUAUGUGUAUUUCAGCAUUAUGUGAGGAAUAAUUAUUUUCGGUAAAAAAAAUAAAUGUUGAGAAUAUCGCAGUUGAAUACAAUUACAUGGUCACGUUUUUCAUGUUUAUCUUUGUAUAUAAAAUGUUUGUUGCUAUAACUUUCAUAUAAACGCAUGGAUUGGUAGUCAUAUACAAAGACUCUGUGAUGGUGGUUAAAUAUUAUUUAUUUUUCUGAGUACUUCUGUGCCCCAGUGGAGAUAUUUAGAACUUGCAGAACUAUAAGGAAAAAAGCAAACAGUAUUAACCUAAUUAAACACACAUAAGUUGUAUGUUCAGACUUUGGGUAUUUCAGUUUAAUCUUGCAGAGUGCAAUAUGCAUUCAGUUUUGUAACAAAUAGACACACAAUGUCUGAGUAAUAUUAAUAUUUUUAAAAGGACAUUCCUAUGCACUGUAGAGUAAGAGUACAGUGAAUGUUUUAGAUUAAUGCAUGUAAAAACUGUUUAAAAAAACUUCCUCACAACUGAUGUCCUUUUAUUCAUGUGUUGUCAUAUAUGGUAAGAAUAACUCAAAUAUGCUGUUUAUGAAUAUAUUUGUUUCAACAGAUCUGGAUUAAAAUUUAGUAUUUUUGAAGAAAACUGGAAAAAGGCUUUGUUGUGUAAACAGUACCUAAAUAGUGAGAGAUGAAAUUGUAAACCAAGUGGUGAGCUGCAUGUUGGAGGAUUGAUUCAACUAAAUAAUGGCAGCUUAUUAUAUUGCUGUCUUUAUACCUCAGUCAGAUUAACCACAAAGCAAAAAUUAUAUUUAAGAUUAUUCUUUACCUAAAAAGGCUCAUGUUGUUUGUAGAAAAAAAUCCUUCUGCUAUUUUAAAAUCUGUGUCUAGGUCAGAAAAACAAAAAAAAUCAAGACAAUUGGUCUUCCCUGUACACACACACACACACACACUGUAACAUUCUCAAAUACAUUUAAUCCACCCAAAGGUACUGAGGAGUAGGAGCCACUCCCAGCACCACUAUGCACAAAGCUAGAACCAACCCUGAACAGGACACAACAUUUCAUAUCAGGGCCCAAUCACACAAACACCAACACUGAGCCAGUUUAUAGUUUUCUGUUAAUCUAACAAGAAACACUUGUGUUUGGAAUAAGCGGAAGAGAAACGGAGGAAAACCCACACAGGAAGAAUUCCUAUGAAUACAAACUGUUUGUUCUGAAAUACAGUAAGAUUAAACUUUUUCUUAUAUUUAUUUUUUUGUUAAACAAUUAGAAUCUCCUACAUAUAAUUUGCUGCCAUCAAUCCUCCUUAGUGCUGCCAAGUACUUUAUCAUAUGACAUUUUAAUAUUGUCAGCUUUUCCAGUCAUUUCAGUUCCAUUAACUACUUUUUCUUCAUAAUUAUAUAUUUAGUACUAAGCAUUAAAACUAUUGUUACGCUAAAUGGAAACGUAACAUGAUUCUUGAGUGCUUGUGUAUUUUAUUCCUAAGCGGUGUACAGUAUUAACUAAAUAAACAUGCUACUUAAUGAAUAAUCAGUGUACUUUGUACUUGCACCAUAUUAAACACAAUAAACUAGAAAAAAACACAAA